UCUUGCAAUCCAUGGGUUUGUAACAUCUUAGAAAAGCAGGCAUAUAUAGUUUUCACUUCAAUUAUUUAUGCAGCUAGUUGUUGAUUCCUUUUUGUCUGGUGACCCCGCUGAAAUGUUUCACUAGCUCUGCUCUCCUCCUGCCCAAGGCUUUAUUCUGCUGUCCUUGGCUUUUCCCUGGGAAUGCUCUCCAAGUCCUACCAGUGGGGAUCAAAUACUUUCCUGGAAUCCUGAAUGGGCAGGACAAAAAGAAAUGAGUUGCCUGGGAAACUCAGCAAAAUAACCAGCUGGUGUGAGUGUCAGCCUGCCCAGGCACAGAUCAGCACUGGUGCAUCAAAAAUCUGCUCCUCCUCCAGGGCCUGCACAUCAGACCACUGAAAUAUCCCAAGAAAUUCCCAAGAAACUCUCUCUUUCUAACUGACUCAUCCAGCAUGAAUGCCCUGGAUUCCUGGAUAUGUUCAAACCAGCACAGAGCCCAGGAGCUCAAGUGAGCAAGGAGCUGUGCCUGUGGUGAGGGAAUCGCCGAUCGGCAGGGUGAGAUUUACAGCUCCACUGAAACCUUCCCCUAAAACCUGGCUCCAUCCCUGCUGCUGGAGUUUAAAAGUCACCUCUGAACCUCAGCAGGGACCAACCAGUGCCCACAGCCACUCUGGGCUGCUGCAGUUCCCCCUGGAACCUGCCAGCAUCUCCGCUUUGGGAGAGAAAACGAAAACCAAACGCGUUUUGAAGGGAGUAACUCACUGGGCUGAUCCUCAGAACCUGCAGCUUUCAGGUUUUAAGAAAAAUACAAUGUAAAAACAGACACAAACCUGAACUGUUGGCUCCCACCAAGAGAAGAAUCUCUUGUUCUCAUUCUCAGCUGCAAACUCGAAGAAGGAAGCCUGGAAGAUUUCCCUAAAAUGCCUGAGCACGUUCACAUGAGGCAAGAACGCCCAACAGAGCAAAGAGGUGCUCAUAAGGAACUUUCUUUAUGAAUAUUACAUAAAAUGUGAGCCUCUUUAGGUAUUUUCAUCCAACAGAUACAUUAACAAGGCAUUUAACAAGCCAUUAAUGAAGGAGGGGAUCUUUUAGGCAAGGAAAAUACCAACUUCACGUGGGUAACUUGGUGAAAGCGGAGUCGCGGGAGCGACGGAGCAGAGAUCCACUGCACGAUCACGUAUCGUGCUACAGGUAUCACCAACCCAUCUUUAGGCACCUUCUGCAAAGACAGCUCACUGAUACCGGCUCCAUCAGCCCGGGAAUUUGUUUGAUGUGCUUAAGAGGUUGGUAACAAUAGCUCCUAACGUGACAGCGUUGCGAGGUGACAGCGUUCCCUUGGAGACACGGAAUCCAUCCGGCCCCAGGAUCCCGGCACGGUCCCCUCUCCAGAGGCCCUGGAAUUCCCUCCCUGUGCAGGGACAGAGAUGGGAAGAUAAGCUCUGCCUAAGAUAAGAUAAGAUAAGCUCAUCCCCGUGCGAGAUGUGAGGAUUUUAUGCAGCAGCCAGACAUGUCUGAAAGCUCCUCAGGUCUGACUACAAGCAAUCAGAAGUUCUUUCAGUCCUAUUCCUCCUGCUGCUCCAUCCUCAGUGAGGCACACAACGUUUUACCCCAAAACAGAGGAAUCCUCGGGCAGAGCUGGGACUCCAGGCCACCUUUCCCACUUCCUUCUGACUCCUUCAAGUACCUUGGCUGGUGUGACCUAGAGGAACAGGGCGUGCGAGGAAAUCAGCUCCGCUGUCCCCGAGUGAGGGAAGGGCCCUCAGAAGAAGAACUGUUUUUCAGGAAAGAAGAACAUACCCUGAAAAAAAGAAAACAACUAUCUGACACAGAGAAAUGGGAAAGGAGGCUGCAAGAGAACUGGGAAAACUGUGCUGAGUUGAAUCUUUCCUUCCAGGACCUGGGUGAUCUUUACCAGGUGGAAAACUUCAAAAGAAUCCUCCGCAGAUUGAUUCGGGUGGAAAAGCUUUGGUUGGUGGACAAUUCUUUGACAGACCUAAGUGCCAUAAGGUUGCCAAGAUGCAGAGAGCUAAAUGUAAAUAAAAACCACUUUACAUCCUUCAGACAGCUGCCAAAGAUCCCUCAGAUUCAGCACUUAUCUCUCGCUGAAAAUAACAUCACGACCCUCAGUGGGAUUUCAGACUUGAGGCACACUCCACUUGAAUCCCUCACCCUCAAGAGGAAUCCCUGUGAGUUCCAGGAAAGAUACAGACAAAUCGUGUUCUCCAAUUUGCCAAACCUGAAAAUGCUGGAUGGUAUCCCCAAGCUGCCAGAGGACUGUUCACCCCCUGCUGUCAGGUUUUUUUACAGAAUGUGUACUAUACUCUAGCACUGUAUUUUUGUAGGAUCACAACUGUGCUACAACAAUCUUGCUUACAAGAGACAAUAAAUCCUGCUUAUAGAAGUUCUAUUUUUUUUUUUACUCGUCAAAGAGAGAUUGAAACAGAAAUAAAAUAUUUUUGAGUGCAUUUGUGGGUAUGGAUAUGUAAGUAAGACAUAAUGUUAUACUGAAUAUCAUGAGUCUGGUGUAUUAAAAAUAGUGUGAUUUUCUCAUCUAGGAACUCUGUGUCAACAACCACUCACAAUUAUUGACUCCCACUGCAUUUAAUUAAAACAUAUCCAAGCUCAGGCCCCAAGUUCAUUGUGGGAAAUGACACAGGGAUGAACAUCCAAAGGAAAGGAAAACAAAUCCCACAACUGAAUGAAAAGCCCCACCAGUGUCCAAGGGCUCUUUAAUGAGCUUUGGACAUGGGAAAAGCUGAGCCACCCCAAUCAUUUUGACCCUUAGAAAUAAUAGUAAUAAAAAAAAAAAUUAAAAAAGAUCUUGGGAAGCACUGGGGAGACAAACCAUGAAAAGGAGAGGAGACUUUUGUCUCACUGCUGGCAUUGUUUGGGGAUGUCCUGUUGCUUAAUAGAAGCCCCUCAAAGCAAAGCCACAGGAGGGAAAGACCUGUGGAAGCUGACAAGGGAUUUGUGAAGGCUCACAGGGUAUCUGGAUGCAAUUAUCUUGCAGAGGUAUCUGUCAAAGCUUUGAUUGCUUUGCUGUGCAGUGCUGGGGGUUUGUUCCCAA